UUUUGACAUUCGCCUUUUGUGGGGCCGUUUUGGGGUUAGUUUUACGCAAUUGACUUUUACACGGUCUAUUCAGCGGCGUGAAAUUUCUGCGAUAUUUUCUUCUGAUAUCAAAGAAAAUCUUGUUUUCUCCUUUGGUAUAUAUAAUCAGUGGUAUCAUGUCUGCAUUUGCUGCCGUACGCCAAGCCAAUGCAUUAAGCGCUGCGCUUGUUGCUGUGGGUCGUUGCAGCGCUAGCCGCCGUGCAUUAAGUACUGGUCGUCUGAUACGCAGCACACGAGGAACAGCUGCAGCGCUCUUACACUGCCCACAUCGUUUGCCUUCUCUUGCAGCGGCUACACCAACCUUCCAACAAUAUGUGCGCACUUAUGCCAAUGAGAAGAGAGUUUUUGAACGUACCAAACCACAUUGUAAUGUCGGCACAAUUGGGCAUGUAGAUCAUGGAAAGACUACCCUAACGGCCGCAAUCACCACUGUGUUGGCAGAAAAGGAAUUGGCUGAAAGUAAGAAAUAUAAUGAAAUUGACAACGCACCAGAGGAGAAGGCGCGUGGUAUUACAAUCAAUGUAGCCCAUGUGGAAUAUCAAACAGAGUCUCGUCAUUAUGGACAUACUGAUUGUCCUGGUCACGCUGAUUACAUUAAAAACAUGAUUACAGGCACGGCACAAAUGGAUGGAGCUAUACUAGUUGUGGCUGCCACUGACGGUGCUAUGCCACAGACCCGCGAGCAUUUAUUGUUGGCCAAACAAAUUGGUAUUAAUCACAUAGUCGUAUUUAUCAACAAAGUCGAUGCUGCUGAUCAAGAAAUGGUUGAUUUGGUCGAAAUGGAAAUCCGUGAAUUAAUGUCCGAAAUGGGUUAUGAUGGUGAUAACGUGCCCGUUAUUAAAGGUUCUGCAUUGUGUGCAUUAGAAGGACGUAAUCCUGAAAUUGGUUCUGAGGCUAUUAUGAAAUUGCUGAAAGAAGUUGAUAACUUCAUACCCACCCCAGCACGCGAAUUGGACAAACCAUUCUUGUUGCCAGUUGAAAACGUAUACUCCAUACCCGGUCGUGGCACAGUAGUUACUGGCCGUCUGGAACGUGGCGUAGUAAAGAAGGGAAUGGAAUGCGAAUUUGUGGGUUAUAAUAAAGUUAUUAAAUCUACAGUUACUGGCGUAGAGAUGUUCCAUCAAAUCCUCGAUGAAGCUCAAGCUGGUGAUCAAUUGGGUGCACUUGUACGAGGUGUAAAACGUGAUGAUAUCAAACGUGGUAUGGUUAUGUGCAAACCUGGCUCCGUAAAAGCGCUCGAUCAAUUAGAAGCGCAAGUAUAUAUCUUAGCGAAGGAAGAAGGUGGUCGUCAUAAACCAUUCAUGUCCUUCAUUCAAUUACAAAUGUUCUCACGUACAUGGGAUUGUGCCGUGCAAGUACAAAUACCCGAUAAGGAGAUGGUUAUGCCGGGUGAAGAUACCAAAUUGAUUUUGCGUCUGAUACGUCCUAUGGUUUUGGAGCAAGGUCAACGUUUUACACUACGUGAUGGUAAUCUUACAUUGGGCACGGGUGUUGUAACAAACGUGCUGCCACCACUCAGCGAAACCGAACGUAUGUCUCUAACGGAGGGCAAAAAGGCACGUGAGAAGAAGGAAGCUGCUAAGAAAUAAAAUAAUAUUACUAAUAUUACUAAAAACUUAUGUAAUUAUAUUUAGUUUUAUAUACACACAUAUGAAUACCGUACCUUUUGUAAUGGCGAAGGUGAAAUGUAGGGAGAAUAUUGAGCAUCUGCUAUAAUCCGACUGUAUAUGGUAUCAUAUGAAAUUGGAUUCUGCAGAAUAAUUCCAUGCAUUCAGUUGAUUGUUGAAUAAAAAGUCAGACUUACAUUAAAAAUUAAAAAAAA